GUUAGUCUAACACAACCCAUUUUUUUUUCGAGAGUAUCCGGUAGAGUUACGCAAGUUGGCCUACAAGGAAGCGUUUUUGUAUAAACUACAAACGCAUCAAAGUUGAGAAGGUGUCAAAAUUAACAUGUCGGAUUAUAUUCGUAUUGCUGGAGCAGUAUUACUGCCUCAUGUUGGUGGAAUACUUGGAGGAUUUGUGACCAAAAACAAUAUCCCUACCUGGUUUGAGCAUUUGAAAUUUCCAACCUGGCGGCCCCCAAACUGGGUGUUUGGCCCGAUGUGGACCACACUGUACACAGGGAUGGGAGCAGCAUCCUACCUGGUGUGGAGAGAUGGUGGAGGUUUUGAUGGUGAUGCAGCCAUGCCUUUAGCAUUGUAUGGAACACAGCUUGCCCUCAACUGGGCAUGGACACCCCUCUUCUUUGGAGCUCACAAACUUGGUUUGUCACUGAUUGAGAUAGGAUUCCUGUGGGGUGGGAUUGCUGUGACCACUUACGCCUUCUAUCCUGUCAAUAAAACUGCCUCCUACUUAAUGCUUCCUUAUUUGGCCUGGGUGACCUUCGCUUCAGCCUUAAACUUCAGUAUAUGGAAACUCAACAAGGACAGGAAGGACUGAGAUGGAAAGUAUGAGAGUGCUUAAUAUGUGUGAUCAGAAUUGAUUGGGCAGUGUAGAAUUUAACAUUCUGAUACAAUAUGUGUGAUCAAAAUUGUUUGGACAGUGUAGAAUUUACAUUCUGAUACAAUAAGUGUGAGCAUAAUUAUGUCAACUGUUUACAAACUAGAUAUUCAGUGUAUAUUUCGUUUUAUAAGUGGAAAAAACACACCUUAAAAUGGGUUCUUAAAUCUGCACUUAUUUAAGGAUUAAAUCUUGCUUGUGUGGAUUUCAUAGAGUGAUGAAUGGAAUUGGCCUUGCAACAAAAUUCAAUUCAUCACCCAUGGGAUUGACAAAGCAACAUUCAAUACUUACAUUUCAAUCCAAUAUGCUUGUUUUAAACCAGAGUGCAUUUUCACAUGACUACCUAUAGAUGAUUAAAUGCUGGAACUUGUGCAAUUCUUUGCAAAAUUAUAGCCCAUCAUUGAAUGGACAUUUUUAUAGAUUGUGAUACCAAUACAUAUUUCUUAACAGAUUUUCUUCUAAGUUUUAAAUGUAUUAUAUAAUUAAAAAUUGACAAUGAUUAAUGGUUAUUUGGUGUGAGAAUAUAUUCAUGCACCAAGACAUCCUGAUUCAUUUAAUUCACAGGAAAAUGAAAUAGGCAAAAAUAAAUAGUUUAAGUCCAAUCCAAGUAGAAAUUAAAAUAUUUUACAAGAUAGAGAUACUCAGAAGAUAUGUUAUUAUACAAAACUUAAGUGUUCCCACUUUUCAGGAAUGCAGAGUGUCGAAGUCGGCAUAGCUACAGAUGUUUGUUUAAAUACCUACCUUUAUGCUUUUAAUGAUAUUUGAUUAAUUUACAGCUGAUGUGAAUCUUGUUUUGUACAAAGAAGCCAACACCAUUUGUGUCAUUCUAAGCCUCAGAUUUUUAUAUAGCUACAGCUUGUCCGAUAUAUUUACAUGUAUUUACACAUGUAUUAGUAAUUCAGUCUAACAGCUAGUCCGAUAUAUUUACAUUUAUUUACACAUGUAUUAGUAAUUCAGACUAACAGCUAGUCUGAUAUAUUUACAUUUAUUUACACAUGUACAUGUAUUAGUAAUUCAGUCUAACAGCUAGUCUGAUAUAUUUACAUCUAUUUACACAUGUAUCUAGGAAUUAUCUAGGAAUUGUUGUAGUAGUAACUUAUGUACCUACCCCGUUUAAUGUUAAAUGGCAAUAACAGUAGUUACAGUAGCUGGGCUUGUCCUUAUAGACUAGGGAUAUCCUUAGACCAGGGUUCGAAAUUAACUCUUACUAGCAAAUUGCCAGUUAAAUUGCAGGAAAUGCUAGUUAAAAUUUUGUCUGCUUGCAAAUUUUUGCUAGUAUGUUUGCCCCAAUAAUCGGUUCAUAUAAGUGAUCCACGAGUAUAAAUAUUCAAAAUUUGAGUGGAAAAAAGAUACCAACAUGUAUGAUUUUAUGAUGACUGAAAUCUAUCCAAUAAGUGGUGUGAUUCUUAAAUUUCUCUAUUUUGUAUUGCAAUUAAUGAAAAUACUGCUAUGAAGUUUGCUAGUUCAAAAUUUCAUUUUGUUAGUGGAAAUUCCAGGUACUUGCAAUUAAUUGCUAGUGAUAUGAAUAAAGUUAAUUUGGGGAUUCCUAUUUCGAGAGGGAAAGGUUUUAUUUUACAACAGGCCUAGGUUUAUCCCUAUACUACAGGCAUUCAUGGGGCAUUUUGAAUUGAUAUUAUUUGCAUUUUUCUUGUUACAUAUUUUUCUUGGCUUCACAUACAUGAUUUGAUAUACAUGUAUAUAAAAAAAACCACCUCCUCAUAUUGCCUAGUCUUCAUACAAUUCACUAUAUCACUGUACAGUAAUAGAAUUAUGUAUACUAUGUUUACAAGCUAUGUUUAUUAUUGUAUAUGCAGAAAUUAAAAAAAAUACAAAGAACAA